AUGUGCCUGAAGAAGUAUGCUUGCUAUGUGGGGCUCUCCCUUAUACCCUUUACCCUAAUUUGCAUCAUGGCCAAUGCCCUCCUACUAGUUCCUGAUGGGAAGACCUGGAGCAGUGACCAACUCAGCGUGCAUGUCUUGCUCCUGCCUGGCUUCAUCGGCAGGGGAUUGAUGGUGCUGUGUCCGGGAAUCACAGCAGUUCUGAUAGGGGCUGGGGGUUCUUGUGGUAAAGGCUGCUGUGGACAUCGCUGCAGGAUGCUGCUGUCCAUCAUCUCCUCGAUCUUCGGAAUACUUGGUGCCAUCUACUGCCUCUGCGUGUCAGGACAAGGCCUCAGACAUGGACCCAAGUGCUCAGUGAAUGGCAAGUGGGACUACCACUUCCGAAAAAACUCAGGCACUUACUUGAACAACCGUACUCAAUGGAAUUUAUGCGAGGAACCACGAAACGUGGUGCCCUGGAAUGUUAUGCUCUUCUGCUUGCUGGCGAUCAUCUCAUCCCUGGAGAUCUUGCUGUGUGGCAUACAGCUGGUGACUGCUACUGUUGCAAUUUGUAGCAAUUGCAGGAAAAAAUGA